GUUUGCUCGAACUGUGCGAGGGGCAGCCCACCGACGACGACCGCAAUCAACGCGAGGCAGCCCUAAAAAAGCUAUCGAAGGACGCCGUCGCCGCGGGGCAGUGAAGAAUGCCGCUCCACGACACCGCCAACGUCCUGGCAAAGCCACAACAUGACGCCACCGCCGUAGCCAGAAGGAAGGCCUCUCUACUGAAAAAGCAGCGCCAGCUGCGGAGGGAGCUGCGCACCCUGCAAGACCAGUCCGCGAAAGACCUAGCAUUGCUAGAAAAGGAGCGCCAGGAACUGCGGGACGGCCGCCUGAACGCCGCCGCGUCGCACGCCGCCAGGAAGGGCCUUGCCCAGAAGCCGCGGUCCAGUCGCGAUAGGGCCGAGUUCGACGCGCGGACUCUGAAGGUCGAGGCGCCGCGGGCGGAGCAGGCUGCGAAGCGGGCCGAGGCGCGCUGUUCUUUAGCCUUGAAAAGGCUGGCCGUUGCUAAAGAGAAAGUGGAGUCGCUGCCGGGCAACCUGGGACGCGGGCCGGACCAGAUCGACCAAAUACGGCGCCAGCGGGAGGCCGCCCGUCUUUCUGAAGAGAAAAUCAAGCUUAAGGAGGAGGCGGGACGAGUCCGCGAGGCGGCCAAGCUGGACCAUGCGUUACGAAGGCUGAGAUCAGAAGCGCGCGAUCUGCGAGACGACGCCGACGCCGAGGACGACCGCGUUUCCAGGGCGCGAGGCAGCGCCGCCGCGGCGUACGAGCGGGCGCUGCCGGCUCGGCGGCGCGUCGCGGCCUUGCAAUCUGAGUUACGGGACCAGUGCGACGUUUUGUGUGAAGACGGGCCCCUCGCCGUCGCCGACGCGUUGUUCGACGGGGAGCGCGUCGAGGGUGGGGUAGAUGAAGGCAUCUCCGCCAAGGCCUGCGCGCGGCUGCUGGCGCUGGUCUGGCUCGACGCUCCGGAUUUGACAGAUCCCGAGGAGUUGCCCGAGGCGCCUUGUGAUGCUGGUGGCGAUCUCGUGGCCUUGUACGGGCCGCCGCCGCCGCCUCCAUCAAGCGCGGCGCGGGCCGGCGAGCUGGCCUUCGAUCUGGCCGAUAACGUGUACGACCGGGACGCCUUCCGGGCGGUCUUCGUGAAAGCCGCGGCGGCGGGGCCGCUGCCCUGGCCGGACCAGGCUUUUCAACGCAUGCCGCUGCCGCGGUCGCCGUCGCCGUCGCCGCCCUCGUCUCCGGUCGACGACGUGUCGCCGCCGCCCUCGCCAGUCGCCGCGCCGUCGCCCUCAGCGUCGCCGCCGCGGUCACCCGCGACGCCCGCGUCGUCGCGCCGGGCGAAGACGCCCAAGUCGUCGCGCCCGCCGUCGUCGCGCCAAAAAACGCCGCAGGGCUCCCCCGAGGCGGCCGCGCCGCCCUCGCCCGAGGAAGAUGCUCCGCCCUCACCAGAGGCUGAUGCGCCGCCCUCGCCCGCGGCGGACGCACCGGCGUUCAUCGUCGGCCAGAGGGUGGAGGCGAACUUCGAGGGAGAAGGGGAAUGGUUCACAGGCGUCGUGGAGAAGGUCACGGAGGACGGACGCUACGACAUCACCUACGACGACGGCGACGAGGAGUUCGGCGUCGAGGCGGCGCGCAUGCGCGCGGCGACGGGCGACGCCGACGUCCUCGCGCCGCUGCCGGCGCCGCAGGACGAGCUCCGCCGCUCGGACGAGUACGAGGAGUCGUUCGAGGCGGAGAACUAAGUAGUAAAACAC